GAGCUGGUCUCCUGGCCCGUUUAUCACAGUGGGACAAGGAAGUCUAUCGGGGCGCCUGGGGGGGUUACUUGGCGUACCGGGACGGGAAACCCCCAAACCGAGGCGGGGGAGGGGGCUCGCCUGUCAUCUUCACCUUCGCAGCCGGGGGUUUCUGGUGUGCCCUCGCUUCUGAGAGCGCGGUGGGGGGGCCAUGGUGGGGACGUGAGAAGCCGCCCUGAGUCGCCCCCAAGUCCCUCGUGCCUUCCCGCCGUCCAUUGGCCGCCGGUUCCGUGCCGGUUUACUCACUUCCUGGACUACAACUCCCGAAGUACCGCGGGGCCCCAUGGAACGCCUUUAGCGCCGGGACUGCGUUUCCCGUCAUGCCCCGUGGUCCCUGAGAGCCCGUCAGAGCCGCUACUGUCCCCCAAGUACCGUCCCAGCUGCUCCGCGAGUGCUUGCCUGAACCGCGGUCUUCAGUCUUCUUUUGGUGGUCUUUUGGCGAAGGCUUCUCCUCUUCCUUAUUGUCCUUUGGAUAACCUUUCAGGGUUGCAGGGGAAUCUCUGCUCUGGCACCUGCAGCUUCUCCUUCCUCACCUGGGGAGCUGCUCAAGGAGGAGGGACAACAGCAGUGAAAGGGACUUGGGACCAAAGGAGGCAUCAGCAGAGCAAGAAAUAUUUCCCAAGCUGUAGCAGCUUCAGCACCCAUUCCACUCUGUCAAUGGAACUCCAAACGGGAGAUCAGUUGCUGGCUCUGCAGCAGGACAUCUGUCCCUGUCUCACCUGGCUGAUGUGUGGAAUGUGGUUUAUCAGCUGCAAAGCAACAUCGAGUUCCCGUCCCUGCAAGGAUUUCCACAGAGGCUGGCUGUGGUGUCUCCACUCUGUCCCACCCUCCAUCCCAUCCCCCUCAGCAGGUGUGUGUGGAUGGGGAGUCAUUUUGGAAUAGUUUUCAAGUCCUGCCAACUGCAUUCCAUCCAGGGAGCAGCAGCUAUGAUUUACUCUAUAAUUUCCAUACGGUUUUAACUCCUAUUAAAAUGCCAAUAUAACUCCUCAGUUUCCUCUAA